UCAGAUCGUUGGUUAUCGGUUAUUCUUUUUUACUUUUUAGUUCAAGUUUAAAAGUAAACGUUUUUUAUAAUUUGUUAAGUUUAUUUUUAAUAAGAAAAUAUUUUUGAAGAAAUGUACAUCGCUUCAGUUUCCUCGACAAUCAAAUUCCACGAAUUCCCCAAAGGCGAAGUCGUUUACAAUUACCAUCCCGGCAAUUCGGAGGGUCCCAUUCGAACAAUAUCCUGGAGCAAAGACGGAAAUUGGCUGUCCGUCGUCCCGUACUCAGGCCCAACGGAAAUCGUCAGCGUCAAAGGCGAACUAAGAUUACUCAAAACCAUCAAUGAAAUAACCGAACCGACCUCCUCGUGCUUUCAAAACACCACGAAAAAGUACAUCGGAAUAGGCACGAAAGGCGGCUCGGUGCUGGUCUACGAUAUAAAAUCCCAAAACGUCAAAAAGCGGUUCUCCAGCGCUGCGGGCCCCGUUAAACACAUCGCUUUCACCGCCAAAGACACCCAUUGCGCGGUGGCUUGCAAAAAAGACGUAUUAGUUUAUAACAACGUAACGAACAGCCCUCCGGCUCGUCUUGCAGUCCCUCGAUCCACCAACGUAACCUGCCUGAAGACCAACAUGCUAAAGAGGAACUUCGUAAUGGCCGGUAGCGAUGAAGGCGUCCUAGUCGUGUGGGAUAUAAACGUCAACUCGCAGGUGUUCUGUUUAGAGGCCCAUCAAGCUCCUGUAAACUCCUUGGCUUUUUCACCAGUAAACCGCGAUUUAGUCCUCACCGCAGGAGCCGACAGGCACUUUUGCUUCUACGACAUCAUCGACAACAAACGCGUGGGUCACGUUACCGUAGACAAUUGCGUUACGGCUGUUGAUUUUUCUCCCGAUGGAGUGUAUUUUAUAACGGCUUGUCAAAACGGGCAAAUGCUAACGUACGAUUCGAGGAAUAUAAACCAACCGGUGCAUUCCGUUCACGCUCACAACAGUUCGAUCAAACAAGUAGCGUUUCAACGCGCCGAAACUAAUCAGAACGCCAGCACUUACAGCAUAUCGACGAGUAGUUCGAUGUCGAAUAGAAGACGAAGCAGCACCCGGUCGAAUCGGAACAGCUACACCGAACAAACCGAUCUAUCCGGCUGGUUAGCUCUACAACCGGUAUCGCAAAAUGACGGUACUGUUUAUUCCAACGACAGCAAGGACUCGUUUUUUGCGGCGCUCGGUAUAGAUAAGCACCUGGCGGAAGGUUCGAUCAAAGCGGAGAGCAAUCCGGUCGUGCAGGAAGCGCAAAAAAGCGCGCUUGUGACUUCCGGCGUGUGUGCUGUGGAGGCCGAGGGGUCUCCGAUGGCGGUCCGUAAGCCGUUCAGUUCGACGCCGAAGGUGCCGUCGACCAGCAAGGGCGAGGCCGCGGCGGAAGCGCCUUCUUCGAGCGAGAUAAAAGCUAUCGUUAGGGAGUCGUUUAACGAAGAACUGAAGCAUGUUUUAAGGGAUUAUGUAAACGAAGGGUUGGCGAAACUUACGAACGAUUUAAAGGAGGCUUUCGAGUUCGAAAACGCGCGUUCGGUGUACCAGUUGAGGGCGACGUUGACGGAGAUUCACGUGGCGAACUUGAGGGAUUUUUUUAAAAUGGAGGAACAUUUGAAGGAGCUGCAGGAAGAAGUGCGAUCUCUGCAGGAUCAAUUGCACAAUUUGUGCCCGAAUUUUUAAUUUUUUAUUUUUUUUUGGAUUUUUGUACUGUUUUUUAUAUCAUAGUGUUGUUAGUGAUCCAAUUAUUGCCUUGUUAGAUAAAAUAUAAUAUUUAUACUCGGUAAUUCUAUUAAACAUUUAUUUAUGA